UCCUAUUAAAGGCGUAUAAGCAUUAAAAACACAUAUAAAAUAAUAAAUAUUAAAUUAAGUGAUAUAAAAAACUAGCUAAAAAAUAUGUUCUAUAAUUUUAGUUUUAAGUGACAAACUUGAAAUACCUAAAUACAUUACUUUAUUAACUAAAAACAAUAAAAAAAAUUGGUCUCUUAAUGUAGGAAAUCUGAACAAUUGUGCGGCAAUGUAUUUAUCAGAAUUUUCUAUCUUUUUAUUAGUAUCGCUAUUGUGGUUAUGUUCUGGACUGUGUGAAAUAACAAAAUUCAAAAUGGAAACACGUUUAGAUAGAUAUGAAAAAAAUGGUAAAAAGUCUUUUGAGCGGCUGGAGGAUAAUAAAGAUACAACAUUUCAAUCAGGGGGUAAUUUUAAACAUUUAGAAGGGUUCAACGAUUCUGGUGACCACCAGAUAUCAAAUCUCUUUAAAACAAUUGCGUCUAAGUUAAACAGUGAUUUAAAAGUAUCAUCUUACCAUAAUGAAUUCAGUCGUAAAAUUCCAAUCGAUCCAACCAAAACUAUAAGCCCAGAUAAUAUAAAUCAACAUGAAAUUCCAAAAUUUCGCAAUAUUGGCGCACAAAAGAGCCUUAUUGAGAUUACGGGCAUUAAAGACAGUGAUCGUCUAAGUGCGAGAGGGCGCGAUGGACUUAUUGGCAUUAGCAAAAAUAAACAGAUGCCUUUUAAAUUAAAUUUAGCUGUUCUAGUUCAGGACGAUCCCAGUCAACCGGGUGAGACCUACAGCAAUUGUCCCAGUCAAAAUGAGUCUGAUGUAAGUGCUUGCAAAAAAGUAGAAGAUAUUAUGCCUAAGCUACAAAAGGACUGCGAAAAAAUGGGAUCACAUGUUAUGUGUCCUAGAACUUACCGUUGUAUUAGUAAGUAUUGGUUGUGCGACGGUGAUGAUGACUGUGGAGAUUAUUCGGAUGAAACACAUUGUGGUGUACGAACCAAUUGUACAGAUGAUCAAUUUGAAUGUCUGAAUGGGUUUUGCAUUCCGAGUACGUGGCAAUGUGAUGGUGAAAAUGACUGCAAAGACUUUUCUGAUGAAGCACAUUGUAACCAGACGAGCUGUACUGAUGAACAUUUCACAUGCCUUGAUGGAUUUUGCAUAUCCUUGGCUUUUAGAUGCGACGGUGAGCCUGAUUGUAUUGACAACUCAGAUGAACAUAAGUGUGCAGCGGUUAUAAAUAGUUGCCCAGAUGGUGAAUUUAAAUGUCGUGAAGGUCUUGGUGGUUCUGGAGGUCCAAGUGGACACUGCGUACUAAAUCGGUUCCGGUGUGAUGGUGAUAAUGAUUGCGGAGACUGGAGUGAUGAGGAAAACUGUUCUCGAAAGCCAUCACUAUGUACAACGAAUGAAUAUAAAUGUGCCGAUGGAACCUGUAUCCCAAAACGCUGGAAAUGUGAUAGGGAACAAGAUUGCGAUGGUGGUGAAGAUGAGAAUGACUGUGGAGCCGUAAAUUCAAGUCACUCUUUAUCGUGUGGCAAUGAUGAAUUCACUUGUAAGAAUGGACGUUGCAUUUUGAGAACAUGGCUUUGUGAUGGAUAUCCAGAUUGUACAUCGGGCGAAGAUGAGGUGGAGUGCCAUUUGCAGUGCGACUUAGGUCAAUUUUUAUGCCCAACAAUACAAAAUGAAACAAAUCAUAAAAUAUGUGUUCACCAAAAACACAUUUGUGAUGGCUAUAGAGAUUGUCCCUCUGGUGAGGACGAGUUAAACUGUCCUAAGCAACAAAAAUGCUUAGAUCCUAUGCAGUGUGAACAACUCUGUAUAAAAACUAGUUUGGGGAUAGAUGAAUGUGCUUGUCGUCUAGGAUAUCUUAUGGAUCAAAAUCGAAUUAACUGUACCGACAUAGAUGAAUGCCAGUACCUUACUAGUCCAGUUUGUUCCCAAAAAUGCCGCAAUACUAUAGGCUCAUUCAUAUGCUCAUGCGAAACGGGAUAUAUUCUUCGACCAGAUCUCCGGUCCUGCAAAGCACUGGGUGGUGCAAUGACUCUAUUAGUGGCUAAUAGAUGGGAUAUUCGUAGAGUUGCACUUAGCAAUAAUCGUUAUUCAGCUGUUGUCAAAGGCUUACACAAUGCAAUUGCAUUAGACUUUCAUUAUCGGAAGGGUCUUAUAUUUUGGUCUGACGUAUCUACCGAUAUUAUAAAAAUGGUAUUCAUAAAUGGCACCCGAGUUCGUGAUAUUAUUAAAUGGGGAUUAGAAUCUCCUGGUGGCGUAGCCAUAGAUUGGAUUCAUGAUUUACUUUUUUGGACAGAUUCUGGAACAAGACGGGUUGAGGUAUCCAAUUUUCAAGGAAAUUUUCGCACCGUUAUUGCAUCUUGUGACUUAGAUAAACCUCGUGCUGUUGUUGUACACCCAGGCGAAGCCUUAACAUUCUGGAGUGAUUGGGGACCAUAUCCAAAAAUAGAACGUGCUUACAUGGAUGGAAGCGAAAGAAAAAUUAUCAUUUCAAAAGGUGUUACUUGGCCGAAUGGCCUUGCAAUAGAUUACCCAAGUAGAAAAAUCUAUUGGGCCGAUGCCAAACAGCAUGCCAUAGAGUUUUCUAAUUUAGAUGGAUCCGAUCGAAAUAAAAUACUUAGUACCCAUUUACCCCAUCCAUUCGCUUUGACUAUAUUUGAAGACACAAUGUAUUGGACGGAUUGGAACACAAAGACGGUCUCUGCAGCUAAUAAAAUAUCAGGAAAAGAAUUUCGAGCGGUUGAUGAAAUUUUUCGAUUUCCUAUGGAUAUUCAUGCGUAUCAUCCGGCUCGACAGCCUGAUUAUGCAGAUCGUUGCCCAAAAGAUCGGAGAGGCUUGCGGGGAGGGUGUUCGCACUUGUGCUUACCAAACAAAACAUCUCGUCGAUGUAGCUGUCCAAUUGGGUUAUCCUUAAAGGAUGAUGGAAAAACUUGCAAAAAAACAGGGGAUAAACUCAUAUUAGUCGCUCGUCGCAAAGACAUAAGGUUACGACAACUUAAAAAUAAUGAGGAAGAUCCCUCAAAUGUAGAUAUGAUUAUUCCAUUGGAUAAUUUAAAACAUGCUGUUGCCCUUGAUUGGAGCAGUGAUACAGAUUUUAUUUAUUGGACUGAUGUGGAGCGCAGUACUAUAAAUAAAGCACAUCUUAAUGGCAGUGAGCAACAGCGUGUGGUCCACUCAAACUUAAUUUCACCUGUUGGCUUGGCAUUGGAUUGGAUUACUGAUAAGCUUUAUUGGACGGAUCCAUCCACAAAUCGAAUUGAAGUUGCAACUACGAAUGGAAAGCUACGAACUUUGCUAAUAUGGGAAAAACUCUACAAGCCCAGGGAUAUUGUUGUCAGCCCAAUUGAUGGACUUAUGUUUUGGUCCGAUUGGGGUGAUGAGCCUAUGAUUGAACGUGCAAAUAUGGAUGGAUGUGAGCGCUCUAUUAUAUCCUCAAAGAAACUCGUUUAUCCAAAUGGACUGGCAAUUGAUUAUGACCGUAGUAUGCUGUAUUUUGUUGAUGGUGGUAUCCACACUUUGGAGAGCAUGAACUUCGAUGGAAGCAACCGUAAAGUCAUUUUAAAUGGACUCGGGCAUCCAUUUGGAUUGGAUGUCAGCGAUGGUCGAGUUUAUUGGACCGAUUGGGAUAGCAAAUCAGUGAUGAGUGCCGACAAACUGUCUGGGAAAGACUUAAGUGUAAUCAUUGCCAAUAGUAGCGAUCUAAUGGAUGUACGUGUUUUCCAUCGAAACAGAAGGCGUGUUUUUAAUGAAUGCGAUAGGCAUAAUGGCGGUUGCUCUCAUUUAUGUCUUUUAAAUCCAAUAAGCUAUACUUGUGCGUGCGCAGUGGGAGUGCACUUAAAGAAUGAUAAGCGCACUUGUUCUGAAGGUCCAAAUAAAUAUAUUAUCUUCGCACAUAGAAUAGAUAUAAGACAAAUAUCUUUAGAUUUUGAUCAUUUAAUCGAUGUAGUUUUGCCAUUACCUCCAAUUUCAAACGCUGUAGCAUUAGACGUGGACAAGAAAACAGGUAAUAUUUUUUGGUCUGAUACUAUCGAGAAUGUUAUAAUGAGAUCCAGUCCUGAUGGAUUAAAUGUACAUAAAAUUGUUGGAGAAAGUUUGGAAAAUCCAGAUGGAUUGAUUGUUGAUUCGAUUGGUCGCAUGAUUUAUUGGGCAGAUGCAGGACGUCACACAAUAGAAGUCGCCAGCCUUGAUGGAAGGAAUCGUCAUAUAAUAGCUUAUAAAGACCUUGAGUCUCCACGUGGCCUGGCUCUUGAUUACGAAAUUGGUCUUCUAUUUUGGACCGAUUGGGGACAUUAUCGUAAAAUUGAAAGGUCCCACUUAGAUGGAGAUGAACGAUCACGUAUUGUUACCGCUAACUUAGGAUGGCCGAAUGGAUUGUCACUUGAUUUAAAGAGCAAGCGAAUAUACUGGGUGGAUGCGCUUCUUAAAAGUAUUGAUUCAUGUGAUUACACAGGAAACCAACGCAAGCUUAUACUGUCUUCCUUGCAUCAUCCAUAUGCUUUAGCUGUAACUGAAGAUAGUAUUUUUUGGACAGAUUGGAAGUCUAAAGCUCUUCAUAUGACAGAUAGGCGAAACAUCAGUUCAAGGCGUGAUGUUAUGACUAAUAUUGAAGGAUUAAUGGACAUUAAAGUUAUUUAUCAAGAGCAGCAAAAUUUCGAAAAUAUUUGCGGUCGUGAUAAUGGCGGAUGCUCUCACCUCUGUUUGCGUAAUCCAUCUGGUUACUCUUGUAAAUGCCCUAUUGGACUUCGUCUACUAAAAAACAGUACAACCCAGUGCCAGAGUCUUCCUGAUGACUUUCUUCUAAUUGCAUUACGUUCAGGCAUUGGAAUGAUUUCCCUCAAUUCGGGUGAUUACAUGGACGUGGUGUUACCAAUAAAUGGAGUGCAUGGAGCUGUCGUACUUGACUACCACUACCGCAAAAAUAUGCUUUUUUUUGCCGAUGUCAAUUUAGACGUGAUUCGACGGGUAAAUUUAUUGAAUUUAUCUGAAAGCAAGGUCAUUAUAAGUACUGACGUGCUUACGCCUAAUGGAAUUUCCAUCGACUGGGUUGCGGACAAUGUAUACUGGUCCGAUACAGAUCGAAAAAUAAUCGAGGUAGCACGACUAGAUGGACGUUCUCGUAAACGGCUGAUACAGGAUGAUUUGGGAGACCCAAGAUCAAUUAUUGUCUACCCAAAGAAAGGUUAUUUGUUUUGGUCUGAUUGGAACUCGCCAUCGAAAAUAGAACGAAGUUAUUUGGAUGGAUCCAAUCGAUCAGUAAUUGUUUCUUCUGGAAUAGGGUUUCCAACUGGUCUUACGAUUGAUUUUGAAAACCGUAGAUUACUUUGGGCUGAUGCCUUGGAGGAUAACAUAGGUCAAGUGGACUUUAACGGAAGACGCCGCAUGACCAUAGUGUCAUAUGCACCUCAUCCUUUCGGUUUAACUUUGUUUGAAAAUAGUUUAUAUUGGACAGAUUGGUAUAAUAAGUCUGUAUACAGAUCACAACGCUCGCCACGUAAUGGAUACGGAAAUCCAUUAGAGGUGCGAGAUGCCCUUAAUGGGGCCUUAGACAUACGUGCAUUUUCAUUGAGUCGCCAGCCUAAUAUUGUAAAUUUCUGCUCUCACGAUAAUGGUGGGUGCUCCCAUCUUUGCUUACAUCGUGGAUUGGAUUACGUAUGUGCUUGUCCCGAUAGGAUCGACCCAGAUGACAUUGAAUGUUCAUUAAAACCAAAAUUUCUUGUGAAUGAACGUUUGGAAAACCAUCAGCUGGCCGAAUACUCAGAUGAGUCGCCCGAUGAUGUAACCCCACCUGAACAUGAAGAAAAUAUAAAAAAAAAUGAUGUUACAGACCAUUCAAAGAAUUCUGACACUCAACGAGAAUUCUUAGUACUAGUUGCACUUGGCGUGGUUAUUAUAAUGGUUUUCAUUGUUAUUCUUGUCAUUUUUAUGCUUGCCUUUAAUACCAAAAACAAAACAACACGUAGUUCUCGCGAAUCCAGCCGAUCUGUAUUAACUUUUUCCAAUCCCAAUUACAACAUAGAUGGCACACCAAUGGAACCAAAAACAAAUAUAUGGAAAAGAUUUAAAUAUGAAAAACCACAUGGCAUUAUAAUCUUGUCAGAAAAUGUUCACCACGGCUAAAAAAACAGCGGCAAUUCUUCAACAAAAUUACACUUGGAUAGUCAAUCAGACUUAUGGUCCGUCUUUCAGGCUUCACGCAGUAUAAGCUCGAGUAUUUUUAAAUAGCGAGUAUAUAAUGCACGCGUAUAAUUCUAAACUGACCUAUAUCUUACAGCUUCCAUAUAUCAAAAUAAAAUUUUCAAAAAUAAAAAAAAAACAAUAACGAAAA